UAGUAAACAAGCAAAUUAUUGACAUGCUAAUGAGAUCCUUGUUUUCAGAUAUUCAACAUGCUGGUGCGUUGGAACGUGCUGCAUUGCAGAGAUGGAUUAACCAAGGUGAACAGCCAACAAUACAACAUAUUUCUGAAUAUAUUACAGAAAGAAAUUGGGUGGCUUUCUUGAAACAUCAUAUGAAUGUUACAGAUGUGCAAAGAAUGUUCAGAGAUCGGCCUGAAAAUAUUAAAAAAUUUACCAAUUUCAUACGAUCAUCAUUUAAUCUCUUUGUUCAAGAAAUCCUUUUAAACAAAGAU